AUGGAUGAGCAGCACCUCCGAUUCACUGUGAAGCUGGCUGACUGGAGGAGAAUGAUCCAAGGGGCACUUAAACAUGAUGAGGAAAGCAAAGCUGUGGCUAAUUUCAACAUGCACCUCAUGCCAGAAAACUCAUCUUUAAUGCCAGAAAUGGCUUAUUGUCAAAGAGACCAUGACUGGGAAUUUGCAUGGAAUGACAAAGGACACACUGUCAUGUGGAAAGUGCAUGAUCCAAAAUCAAUGGAAGUUCGUGACUUCAUUGAUCCAAGUCUGAAGAAAAAAUGGGAGGAGAAAUGGGCCACAGCAGUUCGCACAGUCAACCCGACACCCACGGAAGACGGGAGACCUUCCCGCUACAUCCUCUCCAUGUUCCCUUAUCCGUCGGGGAACCUUCACAUCGGGCACGUUCGAGUGUAUUCCCUUGGCGAUACUCUGGCUCGAUUCUGGAGGCAUCGAGGAUUCAAGGUGAUCCAUCCGAUCGGUUGGGAUGCCUUCGGACUACCGGCCGAAAAUGCCGCCAUCGAGAGGGGCGUCGAUCCCAGGACGUGGACCGAGGAGAACGUCGCUCAGAUGAGGAAAGAACUCCAGGAUUUGGGCUUUGCCUUCGAUUGGAACCGGGAAUUUUCGACCUGCGACCCUGCUUACUACAGAUGGACUCAGUUCAUUUUUCUGAAACUUUUUGAAGCUGGUCUUGCCUAUCAGGGACAUGCAGAGGUGAAUUGGGAUCCGGUGGACGAGACCGUCCUGGCGGACGAGCAGGUGGACGACGACGGCUGCUCCUGGCGCUCGGGUGCCAAAGUCCAGAGACGCCUCCUGAAGCAAUGGUUCCUCCGUGCGACCGCUUUCUCCGAUUCUCUUUAUUCUGGGCUGCAGGACGAUUCUCUUCAGGGAUGGAGGGACAUAAAAGCCAUGCAAGAGCACUGGAUCGGGAAGCCAAACGCGCUCCAUUUUCACAUGGUCGUCGUCAAGGCCGAUCGGGUCGAAGUGGGAAACGUCACAGCUUGGAGUUUGAUUCCACAGCAUCUGGCCAAUCCUGCCGUGUUGUGCCUGAAACCGGGUCACUUCUUGAUCCAACGGCAUGGGAAUCCUCGAGAGGCGGUUCAGGAUUUGUGGGCUGUGAACCCUCUGACUGGCGACAGAGUGCCUAUUGUUGUGCUGAAGGAUGGUGAGCAUGGCAUUCAGUAUCCAGCAAAGACAGAUUCGAGGCUGUUGCAUCCGCAGCUCCUCUCAGAAGAGGAAGAGGUCCUCUCAAAUUAUUUAACGACCGUCCUCAGAUGGACAUCUACGGGAGAGUCAAGGGAGAUGAGCAUCGAUGAUGUAAUAAGGACUUUGAAAGCUAAAGGAAGUGGGGGUUACUGGUCAUCUCCACACCUCAGGGACUGGUUGAUUUCCAGGCAGAGAUAUUGGGGGACUCCCAUUCCCAUCGUCCACUGCCCCGAUUGCGGAGCGGUCCCGGUUCCUCCGUCGCAGCUUCCCGUCGCCCUCCCGGAUCAGGGGACCAUCCGAGGGAAACCUCUGCCUCUGUCCCAGUUCCAAGAUUGGGUGAAUGUUUCCUGCCCGAAGUGUAACCGCGCCAGCCGACGAGAAACCGACACGAUGGACACCUUCAUGGACUCCUCUUGGUACUACCUCCGAUUCUUGGAUCCAAGCAAUUCCCACCAAGCCUUCAAUAUAGAUGCAGUCCGUCCCCAUCUUCCAGUUUAUUUAUACAUUGGGGGGAAGGAACAUGGUGUACUCCAUCUCUAUUAUGCAAGAUUCAUCCAGCACUUCUUGGAAUCUCUGGGGAUGGUGCCGUGCCGAGAGCCGUUCCGGCACCUGUGCGUCAUCGGUCAGGUCAUGGCAGAGACCUUCAGGGUCGAGACCUCUGGGAAGUACCUCCCUGCAUCGCAAGUGAACCGGACCGAGACUGGAGCCACGGAAAAGGAAACGGGUCUGCCGGUAGAGGUCGGAUGGGAGAAGAUGUCCAAGUCCCGUCGCAACGGCGUCUCUCCGUCCGCGCUGCUGGAGGACGUCGGAAGGGAUACCCUCCGUCUGCUGGUCAUGGACGAUGCCGCCCCUCGCUCGGAGCGGAAGUUCUCUCUGCACAGUGGAAUCCCAUCAGCUUUGCCAGGAUUGGAACGAUGGCAGAAGCGUCUCUGGCAGACGGUCACCGAUCUCGUCGCCGUUCGGAGUUCCGAAUCCGAGGCGAGUCCGUCCCGGAUCCCGGACGAGGAGUUCCGGAGGCACGAGAGGGAGAUGAGGGAAUCGAGGAACUUUCACGUGGGCGUCGUCACUUACGAGAUGGAGAGCACCCUCAAGGUCUCGGUCGUCAUCCGACGCCUCGUGACCUUCACCAAACGCCUUCGGGGUCGUCCGUCCGAGGUGAUGCAGAGGAGUGAAGAGUUUGAGAAGGCCCUGGGGACUCUCCUGGUUCUAGCCUCCCCUCUCGUUCCACACCUCUCUUGUGAACUGUGGGAAAUGAUGUCUUCGCUUCCCCCACGACACACCUCAUCCCACUUUUCUUGGGAUCGGACCGUAUUGGAGCAACGGUGGCCGACGGUCGACGGCGACUACAAGGUCGGCCUCACGAUCAAGGUGAACGAGUCGAACCGGGGAACCUUGGAGUACGCUGCAAAGGAUCUGGAGGACCUGUCGGCGGACGACGCCCUCGAGGCCGCCCUGACCCUCCCCGGCGUCCAGAAAUCCACGGCUGGAAAGACCAUCACGAAAACCCGCUACAGAUUCUUCCCCGGCUUCAAAGCCGUGCUCCACAUCUCCGCCUCUUCGUAACUCCUCGUCCGAUUCCUCGAUCCUCGCCGUGUCUAUGCGAUG